GAACCAAUAGGGCGGCAGUGACACGGGGGCAGCCGGCGCGGGGGUGGCGGUGCCGGUGCCGGUGCGGCGGGCGCAGUAAGCGCGGGCUGCCGAGCGAAGCGGGAUGCGGGCGGCCCACGGGCUCUGGGCGGCGCUGGCCCUGCUCCUGCUGCCGGCCGGCAGCCGGGCCCUGCGCGACGGGGAGUGCGAGGUGUGUGUCACAUUCCUGGGAAGGUUCUACCAGAGUCUAAAGGACAACGAUGUUGAAUUCACACCUGCCAGUAUUGAAAAGGAGCUCUUGAAAUCCUGCAAAGAAGCAAAAGGCAAAGAGAACCGCCUGUGCUAUUACAUUGGGGCCACAAGUGAUGCAGCUACCAAAAUCAUUAAUGAGGUAUCAAAGCCCAUGAGUCAUCACAUCCCUGUGGAAAAGAUCUGUGAGAAACUAAAGAAGAAAGACAGUCAGAUCUGUGAACUAAAAUACGACAAGCAGAUCGACCUGAGCACCGCCGACCUGCGCAAGCUGCGCGUCAAGGAGCUGCGGCGGAUCCUGGACGACUGGGGCGAAGCGUGCAAGGGCUGCGCCGAGAAAUCCGACUUCAUCCGCCGGAUCCACGAACUGAUGCCCAAGUACGCGCCGCGGGCCGCCGGCGCCCGGGCGGACCUGUGAGGGGCGGCGGCGCGGCUGGGCUGGGGUCGACCCGGGCCUCGGGAGGACGCAAUGCGCGGCCCCGGCGGCGGCGCGCGCUGUACGGGACGCUCAUUAAAAGUACCACGGUGUGU